CUGCUUCCUCGUCCUCCAUCUCUCCACUCCCCUCCUCCACGAAUGAUUGAAUGAUCUUUUUCAUUUUCACCCUCCAAGCAAAAGAUCCCAAGCACCCCCUAUCACGCCCGGUCAAAUCUUUCACCCUCCCAACAAUGGUCAAAUCAAGGUGAAACAAGAGAGAGCAAGAAAAACAGAGCGAGAUGGACUCAGAUAGACCCCAUCGCACGACUAGCAUCAAUAGCAGCAGCGGCGGCAGCAACACCACUGGCGAGCUCUUUAUUUGCUUCACGUCUCGGCUCUCGUCUUCUUCUUCCAUGAAGAUCUCCAAAUCCAUCCUCAGCCCAGGUCGAGCCAGAGACCACCAGACCCCCCAGAUCUCGCUCUCCUCCUCUCUGAGCAGGAGGCUCAGAAGCAACGGCAGCUUAAAAGGCGCAGGCCAAGCUUCGCCGAUGUUCCCCACGAAUGGCAAGAAACGUGGGUCCGCUUUCGAGAACCCAGAGCCGUCGUCUCCCAAGGUGACCUGCAUUGGGCAAGUGAGGGUCAAGACCAAGAAGCAGGGCAAGAAGCUGAGGGCUCGCUCGAAGCGCGGUGGUGGAGGUGGAGAAGUCAGUUUCAGGAAGCUCGAGAUCAGUAAUGGUGCGCCAAGCACGGAGGCAACGCAGAGCUUCUACUUCCAGAACCAGCAGGGCAACAAUCAAGAAUGCUUGCCUCACAGAAACCAGAGGUGGGUCCACUUCCCCGUGACGAUCUGCGAGGCCUUGAGGACCUUCGGGUCGGAUUGGAACUGCUUCUUGCCGUGCAGAUCGUCAUGCAUGUCCAAGGAAGAGAAGACAGAGGGAGGGGCUAACAAUGGCGAGAAUGGCCAUUCGGGCAAUCACAACAGUAGUUCCUGUGGAGCUGUGAUUGCAAGGUGGCUCGUGGCGUUGCAGGAAGGAGAGGGUAGAGGCAGAGAAGUGGAGAUAAUUGUUGGAGAUGAAGAGAGGACAGCGGCAGCUGCGGCUGCGGAUGCAGCGGAGGGGAGUGGGAGUUACAGGAGGAGGGCAUUUGAGGGGAUCGAGUUUAAUGAAGAAGAAAUAUGCAGAGAAAGAAGUGAAGUUGAGGAAGACGAUGGAGGAGGCAGAGCGAGCGUUAGUAUUCCACCCAAGAAUGCGCUCUUGCUCAUGAGGUGUAGAUCUGAUCCCGUGAAAAUGGCUGCUCUUGCUAGCAGGUUCUGUGAGGCUCCUCCGGUUGUAGUGGACGGUAAUGAUGAAGAUGAGAAUCAGAGUGAGAAUUUUGUCGCGAGUGGUUGCGAAAAUGAGGGAGUUGAAGUGAAGAAAGGUGGUGAAGUCGAGCAUGAAAUGGAUGACGAUAAAGAAGAGGAAGUGAGUGAGAAGUGGAUUUCUGCUGAAGCUAGCUGGGAGAGUAGACUUCUCGGAGAGUCGAGUUUGACUGUGGAGGAAAGAGGGGAGUACGACCAAGAAGAAGUGAACCAGGAGGUCAAUGUGCUAGAGGAACAACUAGACCAGAAGAUCAUGGAAGAAGAAGACGAAGAAGAAGUCAAGGAGGUGCUAGUGCUAGAGGAAGAAGGAGGUGAGGUGAAGGAGUUAAUGGAGGUGACUAGUCAGGUAGUGACAACGCAAGAAACAGAGGUAAGGUGUUUUGCAGUCGCAGACGGAGAAAACUUGCAGCUUUCAGUACAAGAUCACACCUACACUGAAGAAGGCGAAGCCCACCAUGAGCAUGGAGUUGAAUCAGAUGAUGGAGAUCAUGAUAAUGAUGUUUUGUCCGCACAGCUAAAUCAAGAAUCGGGAGGAGAUGAAGACCAUGAAAUAGAGUCACGGUUUCACGUUGAACUUGUAGCUCCAACAGAGGAGGCCGUUGGCCUAGUAGACCCAGAAGCCCAAGUGACCGUCCCCCCGCACGAGAGAUCCGAAUCCAAUGGCCUGAAGCCGCCAUGGCCCGAGGGGAAGCAGGUGAAGUCGACGGAGAGAGAGGGAAGUCAACAGAAGUCAGUUCUGCCGGAUUGCUUGCUCUUGAUGAUGUGCGAGCCCAAGCUCUCUAUGGAGGUCUCCAAGGAAACAUGGGUCUGCAGUACGGACUUCAUCCGAUGGCUGCCGGAAAGGCAGGUCGGCAAGAUCCCCGUCAAGACCGACGGGGGCAAGGACGAGCCGAAGAAAAGGGCGGGCAAUGCGGAAUCCAAGCGCUCUGCUUCGGCUCUCACGGCUCAGCAAGCCCACAUUCUGCAGCAGCCGCGGAGGAACUCCUGUUCCCUGCCGCCGAGAGCCGCGGCUCGAGCCACCGGCGCCGAGUCGAUGGCCACGAUGAUCGAGCAGAAGCUGGAGAGCGCCAAGGCUCGUGAGCCGUUUGUCCUCACGAGAUGCAAGUCUGAGCCUAUGCAGUCGGCCACCAAGCUCGCGCCGGAUGCUUGCUUUUGGAAGAACAGGAAGCUCGAGCCGCAUCGCCCGGCUACGCACGGGGUCAAGGCGGCUGGGGUCGGAUUCUGAAACCGGCUUGAUCGAUGGUUGUAUAGGUAAUUCUGCUAGAAACUAUGGGAGUUAGUGAAUUCUUUUUUAACUUUUGGUCCCUCUGUUUUCCGUUGGUUGAAGAAAGUUUGUGAAAUGGGGUUUAGCUUUAAAAGUCUAGUCUUUUCGCAGGUUAUUUCACUGCUGUAGCUUCUGUGUAAAUUUUUAUCUGGUGGGUCUAUUUAAAUGAUCUUCAUUUUCCUUCA